UUUAAGUUUUCAAGUAUGUCCGAUAACAACAGUGAAGAGAAUUCAACUAGUAGUCGUGAAAUCGACAUUGAAUAUAUAACAGCCAAACUAUAUGUUGAAUUGGUAGAUGUAAGAGAUCCCAAUUAAAAUUAUAUUGAAUAUUUCCCAGAAUUUGAUUUGAGUAAAGUUUAAUAGGCGAGCGGAAUCAAUAUCUUCAAAUUGACAAGCAAGUUGAAAGAGUAAGGAAUACAAUUGGAGGGACGCACGAUUUCUUAUUAUAGUUUCGAUUGCGAAAUGUAUAUAAAUUGUGGAUUGGAUCCUGUUCAUCACUCAUAUGUGAUGCCAUUAUAUGAAAUUAAAUAAACAAACUAACUGCGCAUUAAAUGCAUUCAGACUGGGAUUUCACUCAUUCAUUUAGUCAUGUCUGAGGAGAUGAAUGAGAAAGUUAAUAAAAUGAAGGAGUAGGAAGGAAAUGAACAAUCAUAAUAAUAGUAACAAUAGGGAUAGGAGAAUUAGAAGCAAUGUAGAAGAACAAAGGAGAGGAGAAUUGGAUACAUCAUUGAGAAAGUUUCAAGAUGGAGGGAAUAUUAUAAUGGUAUUACAAUAGAUGGGGAGAGUAAGCGAUUUACCCUUGAAGAAGCUGCUCAAAAAGUCAAUAUCUCUAAAAAGAGUUUAGAUGAUUACUUACUACAGAUUCGAUAUGGUAGAAAAUUCGGGUUUAAUUUUAAUGAACAUAAAAAUGAGAAAGUAGGAGUCUUAAGAGCAUUUGUCAAGAAGAACAACUCAUCUAAGAAGAAGAAGGUAAAAUAAGAAUGAUUACCAAGUUUAAAUUAUCAUUUAGUUUAUUUCUAUUCAUAAUCAUUUUUAAA